AGAUUAUCGGGACUAACGAUCCAUCGAGCGUCUCUCACCUGAAACAGUCGUGACUUCGCCGCCGUGGAUCACACACGAGUUCCUCUCUCCUCCCACAAGGACCAAACGCGUUUUACUUCUCAGAUUAAAAAGGACAAUUACGAAACUCUUCUAAUUGUCUGUCUAUUAACAAAAUGACAGAAUAUCGAAAUCUGCUGUGGCUUUUAUUGAGUUGCGCUUUCUUCAGCGCAUUUGUUGCAUCCGAGGACCAUGCACUACUAGUGAAAACGAAAAAUGGAACUUUGUCGGGACUGGUUAUGAAAACCAGACGUGAAAGAGAGUUCGUUGGUUUCCGGGGAAUUCCUUACGCACUGCCACCACUUGGAGAACUUAGAUUCGAGCCGCCAAAGCCAUCAGCAGCGUGGAAUGGCGUACGACCAGCUAAGGAGGAUGCCAAAAUAUGUACACAGAGAAACAUCUACACUCAUGACGAUAAAAUCAUUGGCGAGGAGGAUUGUUUGUACUUGAAUGUGUAUACGCCGAAAUUACCAACUAACGAAGAUAAACUGAAAGGAGGAUAUCCCGUUAUGAUCUGGCUACACGGCUGCGGAUGGAUUUGCGGCGCAGGCCAUUCUGACUUUUACAGUCCGAAAUUCUUGCUGGACCAUGAUGUGAUUCUCGUCACUGUGAAUUACAGGCUUGGACCAUUAGGAUUUUUGAGCAUGGAAGAUACAGUGUUACCUGGAAACAAUGGAAUGAAGGACCAAGCACAGUCCAUUCGAUGGGUACACGAAAAUAUUGCUGCGUUUGGCGGUGAUCCGAAUCGCGUAACCAUCUUCGGAGAAAGCGCCGGAGGCGCCAGUGUUCAUUACCACAUGAUGAGCGAUUUGACGAAAGGACUUUUCCAUCGCGGUAUCUCUCAGAGCGGAAACGGUUACUGCCCGUGGGCUGUGGCUAGACCAGGUUCAGCGAGGAAGAAUGCCAUCAAACUGGCUGACCUGUUGGACUGCCCUACGAAAAACACGAAAGACAUGGUUGCCUGCCUGCAAAAGAAAAACGUUUUAGAUAUCAUCUCUACUGAUCGUGCUUUUCAGGUAUUUGGUUACUGUCCGAUGAUACCCUUCAGACCAGUAGUUGAACCCAUUCAUCCUGGCGCUUUCCUAACGGAAGAUCCUGCAGUCUCAUCAAAGAAUGGUCGACUGAUGGACAUACCAUGGAUGACAGGAAUUACUUCCGAAGAAGGAGCUCUUGUUGUACCAGGACUAUACACACGCAACAACGGAGCAUUAGUGAAGAAACUAAACGAUGAUUUCUUAAAUAUUGCCCCUAUAACAUUCCUUUUCGGACAAUCGUGUCCUACAGAGGAUAUAAAACGGGUCGCCUCCGAAAUUCGAGAAUUCUAUUUUGGCAAAUCGUCAAUCGACAAUGCUACACGAUUCAAUCUUAUUGAUUUGUACAGCGAUGCUUGGUUCACUUAUGCUGCUCAUAAUUCAGUACACGACUACUUCGAGAAGCAGUCAGCUCCUGUUUACUAUUAUUACUUGGCUUAUCGAGGAACUGCAUCAUUCAGUAGUAUAUUUGGUGAUCCGGAUAAUGACUAUGGAGUUUGUCAUGCUGAUGAUUUACAGUAUUUGUUCCCUGUUGGAGAGCAGUUGUUUAAAGACAAACCUCUCAGCGAGAAGGAUCACAAAAUGGUUGAUAUCAUUACGAGUCUGUGGGUCAAUUUUGCCACUACUGGUAAUCCUACGCCCGAAAUAACCAAAGAUAUACCUGUAAAAUGGAAACCAGUGAGAACAGAAGCUCUCGAAUACCUUCGUAUAGGGCAAGAUCGAAUUGAAAUGUUGAAGAACCUUAAGGAAAAGAGGAUGAACUUCUGGAAGCGUUUGCCGAUCCGGCCUGACUUGAUCGACAGCGGCAAACAGACACAGAAAAAAGACGAACUGUAAAAACUUCGUAGGAAUUUUUUUUACGACUACGCGGGUCGUUGGGUAUAGUAAAACUGAAUAAAUAAUCGGCAUAGAAUGGUGUAUAUCACACCUUCGGCCUCGAAUAUUA